UUCGGUGGUAAAGUUAAGGGAAAGGCGAAGUCCCGUUCAAAUCGUGCUGGUCUUAAAUUUCCAGUUGGUCGUAUUCAUCGUUUGUUGCGCAAAGGCAAUUAUGCUGAGUGUGUUGGUGCCGGUGCUCCAGUUUAUCUAGCUGCAGUUAUGGAAUAUUUAGCAGCUGAAGCUCUUGAAUUGGCUGGUAGUGCUGCUCGUGAUAACAAAAAGACAAGAAUCAUCCCACGUCAUUUACAAUUGGCCAUCCGCAACGAUGAAGAAUUGCACCGACCUACUCAUGAUUCUAUGGCUUUCAACAUGUCGCCAUUGAAAGCGCAUUUAGAGGAGCAACAUCUCAAUGGCCGUCGCAAUACUUGGCUCCUCGGUAUGUAA